AUGGUCGACGGGGCGAGUGCGACACACCACGACAGUUUUAUUGGUGCCUGUUUGGGUCGGUGGAUGCGGUCUGCGGUGGGUGCGUGUCCGCGCAGCCGGCACCGUGUGCGGCACAGGGCCAUCGCGGCUGUGCGUGUGGCGCUGCUCGUUGUGUUGGCGCUGGUUGCGGCUGCUGCGUGGAUGCCCGCGGUGCAUGCGGUGGUGUUGCGACUGCGGGGCGGCACGGUGGACAGAGCCAUCACGGUUGGCCGUGCCGUGGACACGGUGCUGAUGGACGGCGUGCGCAUGACGAACGGCGUGGCUGUGGUGCUCGACGUUGCGGCGAUGCUUCCCGGCGCGCUGCGCAUCGAACUGAGGAACUGCGUGUGCGACGGCGGUGCGCAGAUCUACGUGCGGGGCUACAGCGGCGAGCCGGCGAGUGACCGGAGCCUGGAGGUGAGCGUGAGCGGGCUGUCCGGGAGCUACUGCUCGCUUGUGUUUGUGCACAACCUGCCGGCACACACGAACGUGACGGUCCGUGACUCGACGAUUGUGACGGCGGGGCCGAUGCGCUACUCCCAGCUGAGUGGGCUGACGGACGCGGUGGCAUCGCCGCUUGUGCUGCACGCGACGUCGCUGUUGCAGAAGCAGCUGCGUGUGAGCAACACCGUGCUGAGGUCGUUGCACACGGGCGGGUCGGCGGUGUACGUUGGCGGCGACGUGGACCUGCUGUCGAGUGCGGUGGUGCUUGACGGCGUGUCGCUGGAGGCGUCGGGCGGUCCGACCGCGUCCGCGAUGCAUGUGGCGUCCUCGUCGCGUCUCAGCCUGCGGAACCGCUCGGUGUUCUCCGUGACGAACGUGUCGGUUGUGAGCAGCGGCGGCGGCAUUGUGCUUGGCGAGCGCCUCGCGGUGCUUGAUUCGGUGCUGCGCUUUGUGGGCGUCGAGGGGUCUGUUGCGUCGUCGCUGGUGCGCUGCGACGGUGGGACGGUCGGUGCCGGCGGGUGGCUGGAGCUGCGCGACGUGUGGGCGGUGGGCGAGGCGUCGUCUGUGGCGUCGCUGUCGGGGGUGACGCUGAGCGGCGGCACCGUGUCGAUUGCGCGCUGCGCUGCCACUGGCGCGACGCUUGUCUCCGGGCUGGUGAUCACGAGCGGCGUCGUGUCGGUGCAGUGCAACCGUGCCGGCGGCCGGGUGCUGCAGAGCAGUGGCGACUACCGCUUGGCCGGCCUGUCCUCCGUGAGCGUGGUGCCGUGCGACGGCUGUGCGGCCGCGCUGGCGUGCUUCGAUGCGCUGACGGCGUCGUUCUCCGACUGCGUGUGCAGCUGCCGUGCCGGCGGCUUGGGCGAGGCGUGCCUGCCGUUUGACGUGCCGCCUGCGAGGUCCGGUGGCGGUGGUGGCGGUGCGCAGGGCUGCGUGAGUGGCGUGACGCUGACGGAGUCGGUGACGAUUGGCGACGGGCGUGCGACGGCGUGCUUCGACUCGGUGGUGUUUAGCGGGCCGAUCACUGUGGCGGUGGACCUGCGCUUGUUGGACGUGUUCGCUGACGCGCUGAACGUGACGCUGCGCCACUGCGUGCUUGCGGGCGGUGCGCAGCUGCGGAUUGGUGGCCUCGGCGAGAGCACUGCGCGCCUGAUGCCCCACGCUCUCGUCAACAUGAAGAAUGUGACGUCGCUGGAGGGCGUGAUUGUGCUGCAUGGCGCGAUGCCGCUGCACUCGAGUGUGCUGCUGGAGAACUCGACGCUGCGCGCGACGGUUGGUGGGUCGCAGUACGUGCCGACGACCCCUGGCCGUGCGGAAUCUCGGUACGGCCCCGCUCUUGUCCUGGACGGUGUCCGGCUUCUGUCGACGCGGUUUGUCAUGACGCGGUCGUUGCUGGUGUGUGGCGGGGAAUCGUGCGCUGCGAUCCUUGUGGAGCACCGCCUUGACGUGAGCCUGUCCAGCGUCUUCUACAUGGACAAUUGCGUCGUCAGGUCGCGGACGCACGUGAUGUACGCUCUUGCGUCGGACCUGCGUGUGAGCGGCGGCUCCGUGUUCUCCAUACAGAACAGCUCGUGGAGUGCGCCGAGCAUCGAGUACUACGAAGGUGCUUGUGUGUUUGAGGAUGUUGCUGUGGCUGGCGGUAGCGUGCUGCAGAUUGUGUCCAGCGCUUUCCGUCUCGGCUUCGCCAUGCUCAUGGCAAACACGCUGACCGUGACUGACGGCAGCUGGCUGGUGCACCGCGACAACGAGUUCCGCACCGCCUACGUUGUGUACGUGGCCAACGAAAACGGCGUUGCGUUUUGCGAUCGGAGUGUGUGGUCGAUACUUGACAACAACUUCACGUACGGCUUGUACUCGGCCUUAACAUACAUGACCAGCGACUGGUCACCAGCGUCCGAGUCGCGCCCGAUCAUCUACGGCGUGUGCAAUGAAGCAAGGGGCUCUCCCGUGACGGAUUACCGAGACGACCUCAAUAUUGGGGUACCCGUGACGUCGCUGGACUGUGGCGCGUGCACCAUAGACGCCGUGUGCUUCGCUGCGAGGACGAGCAGCAUCAGCGGCUGUGAGUGUGUGUGCGCUGCUGGCGGCUACGGUGACACUUGUCUGCCAGCUGCGGUUCCGGAAGGCCUUGGGCCGCUCCCGCUCCCCGAUGCGGACGACACGGAUGUCCGCUGCGUGCACGGUGGCAGCAUCAGCUCCGUGGACGAUCCUGAUCCCGGUGUGCGUGGUCUGUGCUUUGUCAGCGUGACCUUCACCACUGCGAUUGUGCUGGACCUGUCACAUUUUGAUGUACCGCAGCAGACGCUCAACAUCACGCUGCUGCAGUGCGUCCUCAUGGGUCUGUCGAUCAAGGGGAGUGGUGCGCGCGUGCACGUGAACGUGACAUCCUCGAUGUUGGAUUCUGGUGCAUUGGAGUUUGAGGGUGAUUUUGGUGUGAGCUCCCAGAUACUGGUGGUGGGCAGUACGCUUGUGUCGACGUCUGGCCACGCCAUUCAAUUCCAGAGGUUUUCUCUUGGUGCGAACUCGUCACUGCUGUUGCUCGACAAUCUCAUUGAAGGGAAAAGUUACGCAGUCCGUUUAUUCUUUGUUGUUUUUGAUGGUGACGGGAUCAUUAUGAAGGGAAACACGCUGAGGGGAGCGGAGGAGGACUUUCCGUUGGAAUCCGCUGUUUUUUUUGAAUCUGCUAUUUUAAAGAAUGAUGGCUACUUUGACAUGGAGAAUAACACGAUGAGCGCAGUUAGUGGCAUUUAUUUUUAUGGGGACAUCAUUGUGAGCUCCGCGGGGCUGCUGCGAGUGGCGGACUGCACCUUUGCUGGCAUCACACUGUUUUUUAAACCUGCGCUGGUGCAUUUUGACGGCUUGGUGACCCUCCAGGGUGGAGCGCAGUGGCGUGUGGAGGGCAACAGCGUGACUGCAGCCUCAGUGAUAGGUAUGCCUAAUUCCUUGUACAAAAUGAGGCUGUCGGGCAGCGGCACCACCGUGGUUGUUGCACACAACCGUCAGGUGGACGAUAGCUGUCCUUUUGCUAAAAUGGCUCCGUCGAACAUGAUUGUGGUUUCACCCGCGCGGUUUGUGGUUGGGUGCAACCUGCAGGGCGAUGAGGAGGUGUCGUACGACGGUCUGUUUCCUGAGGACGUGAUGGUGUUUAGGUGCGGCACAUGCAACGGUGACGCGGCGUGCUACAUGCCUGGGACGGAGUCGGUGGACCGCGGCUCGUGCUCGUGCAGCUGCAAGGACGGAUGGCAUGGCGCGUCGUGUCUUCCCUUUGAGGUGCCCGACGCGGCUGUGCCACCCGUGGCGGAGAGAGCCGUUGACGGCGACACGAGCUGCGUGGUGAACCAGACGCUGACGAACCUCACGCUGAACGUGUGGAAGAUGCAACACUGCUACGUGGAUGUGACAUUCAGCGGCGUGGGUGCAGUGCUGACGUUCUCCCUUAACAGUAUGCCGCUGCAUCUCCCCAUCAACAUCACGCUCACUGGAUGCAUAUUCCGUGAGGGUGCCGUGCUGCAGUUUGUUGGGGGAGCUGAGGCGGCGGAGUCGGCUGGCGUCCUGAUCCGCGUGAGCCAGACGGUGAUGCGAUCCUCUGUUGUUGUGUUUGCACUCGCCCUCCCGCAGCACUGUGACAUUGCCGUCACGGAGGUUGACGCGGUGCAGUCCUCUGAGGUCCAGCUUUUGGACAAUAGGAUUAACAUGUGGAGCGUUAUGAUGCUGCGGGACGUCGUGUUGAGUGCGUCCUCGCUGUUGAUCAGCAACGUCAAAGCGCAUGCAUCUGUUUACGGUGCGUUUGGUUUGUACUCGUCUGGGAAGCUGACGCUGGUGGGUGGCAGCUCGCUGUACGCGCGUUACUGCAGCUUUGAUGGGUACGAACACCUGUUUUACGUGAACAUCCUCAGUGUCAGUGACCACUCCGUUUUUGCGCUGCUCAACAAUACGAUGUCCUCCGGGACAAGCUUCUUGUAUCAGAAGCAAAUCUUUAGCGUGUCGGAUCACAGCGUGUUGCGCGUCGUGGGUAACAGUGGUUCCGUGUCCAACGCCAUAUAUUCACUAAGCUUUUUUACCGUUCAGCAGUCAAGCUGGCUGGAUUGGCGCGACAACGACGUGGAAGUGGGUGCGAUGUUUCGUUGCUACCUAAUAACUGCCGGGGGCAUCGACAGCAGCAGUGUUGUGACGCUGACGGGCUGCAAGAUGGGCUUGACGGGGUUGUCGGUAUCCUUGCUGAAGCGGGCUGACGCCGGCUACCGGUUCUUUGCUGGAUGCCUGACGGUCGCGAGACGGGUGUUGACGACGGCAGCAGAACUGGAGCUCCACGGCAUCACCGACGUGACGACGGUUACCGCGUGCGGGGAGUGCACGAAGGACGGCGACUGCUUUGCCCCGCUGACGACGGCGGUCAUUGACUGCAAAUGCCAGUGCGCUGCUGGAGGGCACGGCGAUGUGUGCGUCCCGGCGCCUGUGCCUGCUGGCCCGCCGCCAUCGUCAUCGCCACCACCGCCACCACCGCCACCACCCACGCCACCGCUACCGCCGGUGGGUGAGUGCAUCAGCGACAUUGUGUACCCCGAGGUUGCGCAGGCAGUGGGCAGUGGGCAGUCGUGGCUGUGCUACCGCAACGUGACGUUCAGCGGGGGCGGCAUGAGACUGACGGUGCUGAUUGGGGCGAUGACGGGCGACGUGGCGAAUGUCAUGUUCGAUGGAUGCACGUGGAGGGACGGCGCCGUGCUGUUGCUUUUGGGCAACGCGUACGCCUUUGUGGGGUCGCUGAACAUUGUCGUCACCGGCAACACGUUCCGUGACGCGCUGCUCAGCCCGGAGGGUGGGUUUCCACCGCACACGAACAUCACGAUCAGCGGGAACCGCUUCACGGUCACGAGGCUGAUCCCUCGGUCGGGUUUGGGCCUUAGGAAGCCGUCGUGUGUUGCGAUGAAUGGACUGGCGAUCAGCAAUGACUCCGCGGUGGUGUUCAGUGGCAAUGUGUUUGAGAGCGUGGGGGCAUCGUCAAGCGCCAUUCACGUCGUUGGAUCUUCGCUGAGCGUGUCGUGGCACUCCGUGUUUGCGGUGGUGGGCAACGUGUUUCAUAUGGACGGCGCUAACGGUACUCUGAUAUAUAUUGGAGGGUCUAGCCAGUCAUUUUCGCUGAAGGUGCUGAACGACUCUGCCGUGGUGAUCCGAGGCAACGUUGUGACGAGGCCGAUGAAGUACCUUAUUUUAUUCCUUUGGUCAUUACGUGUGGAGUCCCGGUCAGCGGUUGUGUUUCAGGGCAACGACAUGCAGGGAAGCUUGGUUGUGUUUUAUUCAAGCUACUCCCCGAACAUCUACUACAACUCCUGGCUGCAGCUGAGCGGCAACCUCUGCCGUGAAUCCCCAUCGGAUGCGUUUGCACUCCUGAGCCCCACGGUGAAUCUCCGCGACUCCACGGUGUCUGUGUCCGGCAACCGAUUCAUGUCCAGCACGGACAGGCCGACAGUUUUACGGAUACCCAAAGGGUCCCGCGAUAUCACGAACGGAGCUAUUGUAGCUGGGUGCAACACUGUGAACGGCGAGGAGGAAGUGAACUACGUCAUCCCGUCCGUGUACAAUGCCACCAUUCUGACGUGCAGCGACCCAUGCGCCCUCGCGACGUCGUGCUUCCCCGCGUACACGACGACGGUUUCGAGAGAUGGCUGCGCCUGCACGUGCGCGGAGGGCGGCCAUGGCGAUGCGUGCCUGCCUGUCGCUGUCCCCGAACCACCGAGCACCGACGGCGUCGACCUGUGCGUGCGGGACGUGAGUGUGGAUGUGGAGGUGAACGCCGGCCUCGGGACGUCGGUGGCGUGCUACGUUGGUGUGACCUUUGCGGCGGACGUCGUGGUGGACGUGGGGUCGAUGUCGGGGAGCGUGCGCAACGUGACGCUGGCGAACUGCACGUUUGUGGGCGGAGCGAGCCUGUACGUUGUCGGGUGGCUGUCCGACCCGCCUGCUGACGAGCGCGUUGAUGUGUUGGUCAGCGGGCUUGAGUCGCGCUCCGGCGGCGGCGUGCUGGUGGCGAACCGAUUCCCGCCGGGCUCGCGCGUCGCUGUGGUGGACUCGGUGCUGAUCGCGGAGAAGCGCGUUGCGUACCGCGGCGACUACGAUCUUGGCGACCUCUCCGCGUGCCUCGUGGUGCACAGCGUGAAUCUGACGGGGAGCGUGCUGACAAUUGCGCGCACGCAUGUGGCGGCGGUGUUCCGUGACGCUGUUGGCGUGUUGGUGGUUGGCGGCGUGGCGCUGUCGUCGCGCGGUGCGCUGUACUUGGACGGGCUGUUGGUGCAGACGGCGCUGGGGCUGUGCGUGUCGGUGGAAGGCGGUGUUUCGGCCAGCGGCGGCUCCGUGGUGGCGUUUGUUGACAGCGGCUUCCUGCUGUGCAAGCACGCGGUGUCUGUGCGUGGGGCUGUGAGCGUGUCGGGCUCCGCUGUGGCGCUUGUGCGGAGCGACUUUUUGUCGACGGAGGACUACGCGGUGGCGUUUUAUUCGACGGUGAGUCUGGCCGGCGGGUCGAUGCUGCUGGCGAAGGACAACGUGCACGACGGCGUCUCGAAAGAGAUGCUCCACGCCGCUGGCGCCGUGACCGCUGCUGGGAGCACGCUGAGCUUUGUGCGCAACCGAGCGCUGCUGCCGCGGAUGGUGUCGGUGAGCCUGUCGCUUGCGGCUGGGACGCAUUUGAGGGUGGCGUGCAACGACGCGGGUGGCCGUGUCCUGUCGACGGCGGAGGAGUACGCUGCGGCUGGAUUUGGCGACGCUGGGAGCAUCGACGUUGCUGGGUGCGACGUCUGCGACAGGGACACGCACUGCUACGCGCCCGGGACGGCGUCUGCGAGCAUGAGGAACGGUGCGUGCGUGUGCGCGUGCGGCAGCGGCGGGUACGGCGAGGCGUGCGUGCCUGUGGGAGCUCCCGCGCUGCCGCCCGCUGUGGGCACUGCGUCGAGUGUGUUCUUCCGCGAGGGCGUGACGGUGCGGUCGGUGUUCGUUGUGCCUGCCGGUGCGAGCGAGCUGACGCUGCGCCACGUUGUGCUGGACGGCGUGAGUCCUGUGCUCUACGUGCCGUGGAUGGCGCGGGACGGCGUGCGGAUCGUUGUGCAGAACGUGUCGCUGCGUAACGGUGCCGUGCUGUACGUGAUGGGCGGAGGAGCGUUGGGCGGUGCGGCGGGGAGCGACGAGAGCGGGCCGGUGGAGCUGUCCGUGUGCGAUGUGGAGGCGCUGAACGGUGCGCUUGUGCUGACCGGCACGUAUCCCGCGGGAUCUGUGCUGACGGUGGCGGACACCCUGCUGGUCGCCGCGAGGCCGACGCCACUUGUGUAUCUUCCCGGUUCGCAGUCCUCGCCGUACGCACCGGUGCUGGUGCUGUCAGGCCUGCGACUCGUGCGGUCCGUGCUGGUUGUGUCCGGCGUUGCUCUCGUGACGGUGAUGACUGGUGGGCGGACGGUGGUGGUGGACGGCGCGGUGCUGGAGCUCGUCGGCGGCGGUGUCGCGCUGGACGCGGCUGUGCUCGGUGGCGAAUAUGCGUUUUACGCGAGUGCGCGCGUGGUUGCGUCUGAGGGCGCUGUGCUGCGCGUGUCGGGGAGCCAGGUGUACGCCGCGCAUGGAUUGGUAUUCGGCAGCGGAGUGGAGGCCAACGCGUCCGCCGUCGUAGUGAAUGACAACGCCGGUGCGCUGACCGAUGGCGCGCUGCUGGAGCUGCGGGGGUCGGCGUCGUUUGUGUCCGGUUCGUGGCUUUCGGUGCGCGGCAACAGCAUCAGCGGCAGGCUUCUGUCGGUGCCGUCGUACCCGCGCCGUGCGGACCUCGUGCGGAGCACGCUGACGCUCCACGGGAAUGCCGGCAGCGGGCCCGUUGUGAUGGACGGCACCGUUGCGCUUGGGGGUGCCGGC